AAGCAGAAUAAGCCUAUGGGGACAUAAGUGCGGCACAACCUUUUCUGGUGUGAGGAACCAGCCUGACUGUCACUGUUUUGCCAUGGUCUCCGUGGUUCUGUUGGUGCAACACAGAAAACUGUCUCCCCACUCAGCAGAUGUUCUGCCGUGUGGUUUGACUGAGCAAGAAUGGCCAUCCGCUACAUCAAGCACAAAUACUUGUGGAUUUAUGUGCUGAAUUAUGAAAAACUGUAGAGUGAAGGAAAAAUGGAAAUCCCACCUGUGGUGAAUGUGGAGGAACAUCAGUUUCGAACAGUUUUAGGCAAAUUUUCUUUACUGCACGAGCCGCCUUCAGAAAAAAAUGGCUCGCUGGACCACCGAGAGGAGGAUUGUCUCCCUGAGGUCCAGAACUGUUGGCCGUCGGAGUCAGAUCGGGACAAAACCAAGCUGAAGAUGGGUUUUGUCUUUGCCGGUCAUGACAGCGUCGCGUUUCCUGAGGCUGUGCGCUUUGAGGAGCCUGGACAUGUGUCCGUCAUCCAUGGGGAAGCAUCUCUAGCCACAGUUCAGCAUCAUGAAGCAGGUAUUGUCUUCACAAACUUGGAUGAUUUUGAACUUCCUGUCACUGAAGGUCACUCAGACCAGAUGGACUCGAACCGUGGAUGUGUAAAAACAGAACAUUUAGAGCUAAUCUCGAAUGGCCAUGUCGUUGGACACCCAGACUCCGCCUCUCCUGUCCCAGAUUCGGGCCAGAAGCUCCUGGAUCUCCCUCGCAUUGUGAAGCACAAACCGAGCUCCAUCACCUUCUCGGACAGCACGUGCACGUCUGGAGCCGACGGCCACGUUUGUGCCAACGAGAGCUCCGACGAUGGAGAGUCUUCACUUGAGGAGGAGGAGGAAGGUCACGACGACGGAGACGGAGAUGACGACGACGACGACGACGUGUUCCCAGAGUUUCCUCAGAGCAGAGAUCUCCACGUCAGUUACAGACACAGGAGACAUGGCCGUGGCAGACAGAAGAGGGGAAACGCUGUGAGCGGACGAGAAGAUGCUGAGGUCACGAGCAGCAGCAGCAACGGUCAUGAAGCAGAGGAGGAAACCGGCAGUCAAGAGGUCAAGUCUCCCUGGUCAGAGUCAAUGAUCCAGCUGAUGAGGAAACUGGACCAGCUUAAUCUGGACAUAGAGGAGGCUCUGAGCGCCGGCUCAUCUCCCUCCAACACUCCCUGCACUGUCCGCAAGAAACAGUGGGGUGCUGCCGCGUCCAAUUUGGACCAAAUGUCGAUGGACCAAGUUCUCCACAGACGAGACGAUGGCGGGGAAUGUCCGAGCCGCGACGGAUCCACGGUGACGAGAACAAGAAGCAAGAAGACGAUGUUCAAUAAGAUGACCAAUGUGGCAGGUGCAGAAAUUGAGGCGAAAGAGGCGUGCGACUGGCUGAGGGCGGCAGGAUUUCCCCAGUAUGCUCAACUCUUUGAAGAUUCCCAAUUUCCAAUCGACAUUUCUCCGGUGAAGAGAGAUCAUGACUUUCUGGACAAAGAUCUUGUGGAACCUCUUUGCAGGCGACUCAACACCUUGAACAAGUGUGCCUCUAUGAAGCUUGACGUGAACCUCCCGAAGAAGAAAAGUGAAGACUCUGAUGAAGAAGACCUGUUUGCCAUUAGUGACAAAUGGACCUUUGAGUGGAGCAGCCGUCGCUGGUCGAGGUUACAGGAUAUUGACUGUCUGCUGGGAGACCAAAGAGAGGACCAGCCCUACAGGGACGGCUUACCUCUGAGGACCACCACCAGCAGUGAGAGUGUUCUGACCGACCUCAGUGAGCCCGAGGUCUCGUCUUUGCACAGCGAGAGCAGCGGGGGCAGCGGCCACCGGGGCCUCAGCACAGAGGACUCGGACUGCUCCAACCGCACCUGCUCAGACUCUGCAGCGAUGCCGGACUCCACUGCCCUCACGAUGCCUCACAUCCCCAAAGAGAUUGCUCACUACAAGCACGGCAGGACGAGCCGCACCCGCGCCAAGGACUUCUUGAAGCGCAUGGAAACGCUUCGCUCUCGAGGAACUCUGGGGAGCGGCCGUAAGACGUUAGUCAUCAGUUCUCCAGUGGUGCAGCAGGAAGCCCAGGCACUGAAGACGCUGCACUGUGUUGAAAUCCUAAACGGAGACGGGGAUGAGACUCCAGAGCCACUGUCCAAUAAAGUCCCUCCGUCCCAGUGUAGCAGUGACGGUAGCUGCCAUUCUAGUGGCAGCGCCGUCAGCACGCCCAGCUUGAAAGAGAAUAAGCCCCAUCGGUCCGACUACAAACGUAGUGGUAUGUAUUUGGAGGAUGUAGACAUAUUUUCAGACACGCAGGUGAAUAAAGUGGCAGAAGAAAACCGCAGGAAUGAAUUUUGCUCCUAUGAAGACUUGGUAGUCCACAUUCCUAAAGACCACAAGCCAGGGACCUUCCCAAAGGCACUCUCUAUAGAAAGCCUGUCCCCAACCAUUGGGGCCUCUAUAAAUUGGCACACAGGCAGCAUGCACCUGGACUCCUCGCUCAUUUCAUCAAGGCCUGUCACCCAGUGCAGCUCCAGAGGUAGCCGCAUCAGUGUGUAUGACAAUGUUCCCGGCUCACAUCUGUACGCCAGCACUGGAGACCUGAUAGAUCUGGAGAAGGAGGACCUCUUUCCUCACCUGGACGAUAUCUUGUUGCAUGUCAAUGGUCUUCAGCAGAUAGUGGACCACUGGUCUAAGAAUGUGUUACCUGGAGGAGAAGGGAUGUUGCAAGUGGAUGGCGUGAGGGAAAGUACAGUAGGUCUCCAGUCCUCUAGUCAGAUCACACUGGACUUUGAGGGGAAUUCAGUCACUGAAAGCCAGACGACGCCAAGUGACGGGGACAGAGACCGGGUAUCGCUUGAGACGGAAUCGACGAGGCUCAGGGAACGGAGGGAUUCUGGAGUAGGUGCUUCACUCACGCGACCCAAUCGGUUGCGAUGGCCCAGCUUUCAGAUAUCUAAUCGCCUCAGUCACUCUGUGGCAUCCCUGCAGAUUACCAACCAGUCAGCGGGCCAGUUGAGCUUGUUGCAGAAGUUCUCUCUGCUGCGUCUCACUGCAAUCAUGGAGAAGUUCUCCAUGUCCAACAAACAUGGUUGGACUUGGUCUGUGCCAAAGUUUAUGAAGAGAAUGAAGGUACCAGAUUAUAAGGAUAAGAACGUGUUCGGAGUUCCUCUCAUAGUGCACGUACAGCGCUCUGGACAGCCGCUUCCCCUCGGCCUGCAGCAGGCUCUGCGGUACCUCAGAAGCCAGUGUCUCGAUCAGGUGGGUCUCUUUCGUAAAUCGGGGGUGAAGUCUCGGAUUCAGGCUCUGAGGCAGAUGAACGAGAGCUCGCCGGAUGAUGUGAACUAUGAGGAUCAGUCGGCGUAUGACGUCGCCGACAUGGUGAAGCAGUUCUUCAGGGAUUUACCUGAGCCUCUGCUCACGAGCAAGCUGGGGGAGACCUUCCUCCAUAUCUACCAAUAUGUGCCAAAGGACCAAAGGUUGCAGGCCGUCCAGGCGGCCAUCAUGCUGAUGUCGGACGAGAACCGAGAGGUCCUGCAGACGCUGCUCUGCUUCCUCAGCGACGUCACGUCCUCCGUGGAGGAGAACCAGAUGACGCCCAUGAACAUCGCCGUAUGUCUGGCGCCCUCGCUCUUCCAUCUCAACAUACUCAAGAAAGACAAUCUUUCACCCAGGGCCAUGCAGAAGAAGUACGCCACCGGCCGGCCGGAUCAGAAGGAUCUGAAUGAGAACUUAGCAGCGACACAGGGUCUCGCACAUAUGAUCGUCGAGUGCAACCGUCUCUUUGAGAUCCCCCACGAGAUGGUUACCCAGUCGCGUAAUUCGUACGUGGAGGCCGACCUGCACGCGCCGACGGUUUACGAUCUGUGCAAGCAGCUGGAGGACGACGACGGGACGUACCAGACGCACAUGGAGGGGAGGCUUCAGAACCUGCUCAAGGAGGCCCGGGAAAAGUCCAAAUACUGGGUGUCGUGCAGCAGCUCGGACAACACGGAGCUCUACUACAAGAAGGUGGGAGACGGGAAUCCUUUAAGGCGGUGGCGAGUGUCCGUGGAGGUGGAGGCGCCGCCGUCUGUCGUGCUCAACCGGGUGCUGCGAGAGCGCCACCUGUGGGACGUCGACCUGCUGCAGUGGAAAGUGUGCGAGACCCUGGACAAGCAGACCGAGGUGUUUCAGUACGUCCUCAAUCGCAUGCCGCCGCACCCCAGCAGGGACUUUGUGGUUCUGAGGUCAUGGAGGACAGACUUGCCCAAAGGUGCCUGCUCCCUGGUUUCUGUGUCCAUAGAGCAUGAGGAUUGUCCUCCCAUCGGAGGGGUACGAGCUAUCGUCCUGGAGUCCAACUACCUGCUUGAGCCUUGUGGCUCAGGGAAGUCCAGACUGACUCACAUCUGCAGAGUGGACUUAAAAGGGAGAACUCCGGACUGGUACAACAAAGCUUUUGGUCACCUUUGUGCCGCGGAAGCUGCCAGGAUCCGCAAUUCCUUCCAGCCGCUGAUCACGGACGGACCAGAGACCAAAAUCUAAUCGACUGGACCCCAGAACAAAAGCACAGUUCAUUUGAAAAACUUUUUUUUUUCUUGCACAGCGAUAAACGAGUUGUACAGUAGGUGCUGACCAUAAUUACUUAUCGGGAAAUUAAUCAUCCUGCCAAUAUUGUUAGCAUUAGGAGUUUAUUUACCUUAAUAUUGCUAAACAUGUAUAUUAUUAUUAUUAUUAUUUUUAAUAAUUAUUAUUAUCUCUGAUAAUGUUAUUGUAUUACUGUCACUAUAAUCUACAAUGUCUACGACAUUCAAGCUCUUAAACGCUUCCGGGAAGCUUUGUUAUUCAUUAAUUCAUCUGAGAUUUAAAGCUAUAAUUAUUACGUUGUACACUGAAGUGUCUGUAAAUAUAUAAUGUGUGUGUGUGUGUGUGUGUUAAAUAAUGCUGUACAUGCAAACAAGAUGUAUCUAUUGUAUAUAUGUGAUGGGAUAUAAAAAAGUACCUUUUGUUAAUUUCCUAUAUAUUGAUAUUGAUUAAUUCAUGGUGCCAGCCUUCCUGUAAUUCAUAUGGUACAAAAUUGUAAACUGGUUUUACUUUGCUUCAGUAUUGCCAUCAUUAUUAUUAUUAUUAUUAUUAUUUGUGUUUUCAAUGGGUGUAAUUUUAUUGUUGAACCUCGACCUCCUACGGUUCUGAAAAGACUGACUUAAGGUGUGACUCGAUCAUACCUGCUUUAUGGUACUGUUUCUGUGCCGUGUCAAAACAAAAGACAGAAUUUUUUUAAUAAAAAAAAAAAUAUGAAACAUA